GCAGUACAGCACUGCAACUCAUUGACCCUUGCUUUAUUACUUCUCUGCCAAGGAAUCCCAUUUUCUCGUCGAGCCAAACAUCACACCAAGCGAUUCCGUUCCUUCAUGCCCAUUUCUGAAAAAACGUUAUGCCCAGAUGCCCUUUACAACCAAGUAUUGUUUUCGGGGUGGCAAGGAAAGUUCACAUGUAUCAAACUGCAAAUAGUUGAAGUUCAGAAGGCUAGAUUAUGCAGUCCCUGGUGGAAAUUAUUUCUGUGGAUUGAAUUGAAGAUUAAACACUGACCUUGUCUGCUUGUGUGACGCCUAAAUCGAUUUGAAGUUUUAGCUCUAUCAUCAUCAUCAUCUUAUUAUUAUUUUUAUUAUCAUUAUUGUUAAUCUUUCCUCUAUCUCUCUCUCUCUCUCUGUCCCUCCCUCCCCUUAUUAGUUCUGGUGUGUGAUGUUUCCCUUCGAAAUUCUUUAUAACACUAUUAUUUUCAUCAUGAGAAAUUAUUGAAAUUGAUUGAUUAACUGGUUGUGGAAUGCUAAAUGAUGAUAGCUUCAGUGCAAAGAUGAAGUGUACUAAUUAUCAUCAUUCAACUGCUUCUGACUCUGCCAUGACAGAUACAGAUAUUGCUCAUUAAGUUCAAAGAGUGAAAGACAGUAAAGAAAUUCAUUUUUCCAAGCUCUUCAAGUACAAUAGACACGAGGGAUAGUCUAGUCAAGAAGACAAUUGAGAGAGUUGAAAAGUGAUGGAUAUCAAACUUUUGGAAGAGGUCGAAGAUGUGUGAUUGGCGAUUCUUCCAUCUCCAUGUCGAAGAAAUCUGAGAAAGGCUCAAGCUCAUUGAGUACUGGUAAGAAAAAGGUGAAGUUGGAGAUGAGUGGGGAACACUUUAAACUUUAAAGCAGUGGAUACAGCAGAAGUGAAAGGCUUGGUGUCAGGCCUAAGUGUAAUAUUCCCAAGAGAGCAGUAGGGGAUGCCCGCAGUUAUAGGGAAUGGCUCAAAUCACGCUUGAGAAAAACUAGCGUGUCAGAGGUCAUGCUAGGAAAGAGAAAAAAACUUUCUAAAGGUGGCAGUGAUGUUACUGAAGCUAAUGCUUUCAAGGAAGUUGUGGGAGGGGUCGCCAAGACUUCCCAUUCAAAAAGACAAAGGGUAGAUUUUGGUUCAAGUAAAAACCGGUUUGGUAAUUCAGAACUGAGCCAUGAGUUGCAAAGCAUCUUUCUUCCUGAUGGACGGGACUGUGUGGCUAGGCUUAACAUGGAACGUAAUGGAGAAUGUCCCGCAGAUUUGCAGAGUAUGAAAUCCUGUAGAAAAGAUCAAACUGAUGGUGAAUACAGGACAUGCAUCAUCUGCAAGCAUGGAGGAAAGCUCUUGUGCUGUGUUGGAAAAGGGUGCAAAAGAAGGUACCACAUCUCUUGUCUCAAUCCUCCUCUGAAUGAUGUCCCUCCUGGAGUUUGGCAUUGUGUUUGUUGUGUUAAAAGGAAGAUAGAAUUGGGUGUGCAUUCUGUCUCCAAAGAAAUAGAGUCCAUCUGGGAUGUUAGAGAGGUGGCUUCCGAUCAUGAUGUUUUGCAGUGCCAGAAGCAGUAUAUGGUCAAAUAUCAUGGUUUUGCUCAUGUUCACAACUGCUGGAUUCAAGAAACACAACUGCUUCUUGAAGCUCCAAAGCUUGUUACAAAAUUUAACAAGAAAAGACAGGUUGUAAGGUGGAGAGCAGAGUGGACUGUGCCUCAUCGUUUGGUGCACAAAAGAAUGCUAUUAUUUCCAAAGCAAUGUGAUGAGUUUCACGAUGGAAAUGAUGACAAUAAUCCAGAUUGCUGUUAUGAGUGGCUUGUGAAAUGGACUGGUCUUGGUUAUGAACAUGCUACGUGGGAGUUAGAUAAUGCUUCAUUUUUGACGUCACCUGAAGCUAUGAAGCUCAUGAGUGAUUAUGAAAGUCGACAUGAGAAGGCAGAAAUACUUUUCGGUCCACAUAAAGCAAAUGAGGAAGGGAAGCCUACCUUCCAUGAGCUGUCAGAGUUGUCAUUUGGAGAUUCACCUGGAGAGCAUAGCUGUCAUCUAAAUUUUGUGAACAACCUUCGUGAACAUUGGCAUAAGGGUCUGAAUGCCAUUGUUUUUGAUGACCAUGCCGACCAGGAGCGAGUUGUGAAGGUGAUCCUGUUUAUAUUAUCGUUGCAGCUUGUUGUACAGAGGCCUUUUCUCGUCAUCUCAACUUCCACUGCUCUUCCUGCCUGGGAAGCUGAGUUUUUACGGUUGGCACCAUGUGCCAAUAUUAUAUAUUAUAAAGGGAACAAAGAAGUCCGAAGUAGUAUCAGAUCAUUGGAGUUCUUCAAUGAAGGUGGCAGGAUAAUGUUUAAUGUACUAUUAUCAACUGCAGAUGUUGCUGUUGAGGAUUUUCAAGUGCUGGAAUGUAUAGGAUGGGAAACAAUAAUAAUUGAUGAGUGCCAACGCUCUAAAAUGUCAAGGCAUUCUGGACAAAUCAGGAUGAUACCUGCUGAUAUGAGGCUUCUUCUCAUUAGUGGUGAAAUCAAGGACUGCCGGGGUGACUAUCUCAAUAUGCUUUCCCUUCUUGAAUCUGGCUAUGAUGGGUUGAAAAGUGAGAGAAUGGAGACUAACUCUAAUACUGAUAUUUCAAAACUGAAGAAAAGAUUGGCACAGUAUAUUGCAUCCGAAUGCAAGUCCAGCUCAAGAUUUGUAGAGUACUGGGUUCCUGUUCAGCUAUCCAAUGUGCAACUUGAGCAGUAUUGUGCGUCACUACUUUCAAAUUCAGUGUUCCUUUCUUCAUGUUUAAAGAGUGGGACAGCUGAUGCCCUUCGUGAUGUUAUUAUUUCAGCCAGAAAGUGCUGCGACCACCCUUAUCUUCUUGAUCGAUCUUUGCAAAGCUUUGUCACAAAAGAUCUUCCCAUUGAUGAGUAUUUGGAUGUUGGAAUAGAAUUGAGUGGAAAAUUAAAAGCUCUUGAUAAAAUCCUUGUGGAGAUUAAAAACCACGGUCUAAGAGUUUUGAUUCUUUUACAGUCUAUUGGUGGUUCUGGAAGGGAUUCUGUUGGAGACAUUCUGGUUGACUUUGUCCAUCAGAGAUUUGGCAAGGACUCAUAUGUAUCCUUAGAUGGUAGAGGAUAUGCCCAUUCAAAGAAGCAAGCUGCUCUAAACAUGUUUAAUGACAAAGAUAACGGGAAAUUUGUGUUCUUGAUUGAAAUUCGUGCUUGUCUCCCAAGCAUCAGACUUUCUGCAGUGGACACUAUUAUACUAUUUGGAAGUGAUUGGGACCCACAGAAUGACUUAAGAGCACUACAUAGAAUCUCUAUCAGUUCACAGUUUGAACAGUUAAAGGUAUUCCGUUUAUAUACAUCUUGUACUUUGGAAGAAAAAGUUCUGAUUCUUGCAAAGGAGGGUAUGGCUCUGGAUAGCAAUAUAAACUCAACAAACCCACGUACUUAUGAUACACUGCUAAGGUGGGGUGCCUCUUAUCUGUUCAGUAAGCUUGAUGACUUCCAUAGUUGUAGCUCCUCUGUCUCAGGUUCAAAUAUAUCACCUGAGCAAUCACUUUUAGAUGAUGUAAUGCUCGAGUUGUCAACCCAAUUGCCUUACAGUGGCGUCAACAAUAACCCACACAGCUGCUUAAUUUUAAAAGUAGAGCAUGGUGGAGGAGGGUAUGCCAGAAACCUUUCAUUAUUUGGUGAAAGGGAAAUGCAGUUUGUGAAUGAUGAACCGCCUACCUUUUUCUGGAAAAAUCUUCUUGAAGGAAGGGAUCCUAGGUGGAAGUUUUUGUCUGGGUCAUCGCAGAGGGUCCGAAGAAAAGUUCAUUAUCUUAAUGACUCACCAAAAGAGUCUGAAUUUGAAAGAAGUGCUGUCAUAAAGAAGAGCAGGAAGUUGUUCAACAAGAAGCUUGACACUAUAUAUUUAAAAUCAAAAUCGGAGGAUGAAAGAAAAUUAACUACUGCAAAUAAGGCAGCCAAAAUAGCUGAUAACGUGGAUGACUUAAAUCAGGCCCUUGGUUCUUCAGAAAAUGUAGAUGACUUAAAUCAGAACCUUGGUUCUUCAAUAGAGCCUCCUGUGGCUAUUAAUAAAAUUUCCCAAGUAUCUGAAAUUGGCUUGGUUGAAUCUGAGGAGCAAAACAUACAACUAGGUGUGUGUCAAUCCUUGCCACCGCCGGAGAUAUCAGAGCUUUGUGAAAUUCUACAGCUCCCAGUGAAUGUCAAGGAUACUGCUGUGAGGUUUCUUGAGUACGGGAGGGAAAAAUUCAAUCUUAGUGGGGAAGGAAUUUCCACCUUGCAGGCCUUUCGGAUAUCUCUGUGUUGGGUUGCAGCUUCUUUGUCGGAACACAGUAUUGAUCACAUUAAAUCAAUUGCUCUUGCAAAACUGCACUUAAAUUAUGUCUGCAAGGAAGCGGAGGUGGAUUAUAUCUACUCCAAAUUGGAGAAGAUUAAGAAAAGUUUUGCAUGCUGUUUAGAGAAUGCAGAAUGUGUCAAGGAACAUUGUGCAAAAGCUUCAAAAUCAACUAUGUCUAACCAGCAAGAUGUGGUAGAAGGUAAGACACAAAGGGGCUAUAAAAGUCAUCCUCUUUCUGAUCUAUUCGAACCUGCCACUGUGGAACAGACACCUGACAUGGUGAAGAAUGAUAGCUCCAAUAUCGUCAAAGACGUCCUAGAUAAUGUUGAUACAAAGAUGGAAAAAUGUAUGCAAAACCAACAAAAAGAAGUUCAGGAAUUUCACAAAAAGAAGAUGGAAGAAAAGGCAAAGUUGGAGGAAACGCACAGGUUAGAGUCGGCCCUUAUUUGCACCAAGCAUAGUGACAUUUCAGUGAGGUUAGAUAAGCUUAGGUUAUUAGAUCAUAACUUAAAGGAAAAGAUAGAUGAACACAAUCAUCAGAUGGAAAUACAUCUAAAAACACUUGAGGCUUCACAGUUGGCUCCAAGAUUUGAAGAGCAGCAAAUCAAAGCUAUAGUAUGGUUAGGAAAACCAAAAUCAGGGGUCCCAACUGCAAUAUCAGAUAAUCCGUCUUGGAGUGACUUGGAGUUGAAGGUGGGCAGAAUGCAACCAAGUGAUAUAGCUGAAAUUGAUGAUGGAUCCCAAAAUGCUGCUCCUAAGGGCAUGCCUUCUUUUCAAAACCAGAAUGAUAGUGGAAGUAUGCCAAGUUAUCCAGCUGAAGUUCCUGAAUUUUCUAAUGUUGAAAAGAUAUCUUGUAGUUUUCCCAUGGAAGCAGAAAAUGUUUCAAUAGCAUCUGAUGCAGAGAAUAAUGGAUCAGAAGUAAUGGCCUUAAAAUGGGCAAUAACUACUUGUGUGGAGCAGCAGAAUAAAGUCGGUUCCCGUGUUGGUCCCAGAAAUGGUGCCCUUGUGCAGGGUUCUUCAGAUUUGGAGAGUUCUGUUUGCAAUGUUCAGACCCUGCAAUCAAUAGAAGGCCCUUGUGAAGUUCCUCAAACACUAAGCGAAGUGAUCAUGCGGCAUGAACCCAUGAAAAUGUUACCUAAUACUGUGCAACCAAAUGGAGUGUGUCCUGACAAAGAUGCUGUGACAUUGGACAGCACAGCUGAUACUCAGGACAGGCGGCAAGAUGGAGAAGUCAUGGCUAUUUUCAGGGAUUCAGCUUGUUCUGAGUUUAAUGGGACUUGGCCAUCCUUGGUGCAGACAGAUACUUGCCCAGCCCAAGGAAGUUCAUUGGCAUCACAUCAGCCUAUAUCGACAAACCCAUCCUCCACCGAAUACAAUUCACUACCUGCAUCCCUGGGGAAUCUACUGGAUUUUUCCAACCUCUUGCAUUCUGCCAUUUGCUUGCCACUGCCGUCUUCCAUAGAUAUACCUGCUGGUAGAAGUGAACAUGUUGCAGAUAGGAGCAGAACUACUGUUCCAGGACCAUUGAUUGAUCAUCCACAUGCUGUUCUACCUGAGAUGCCUCAGCCUGUUUGUUUAAAUCCACUGCAAAUUGAAAUGGAAAGAAUACAAAAGGAUAAGGAGCAAGCCUUGAAGAGGCAUCAAGAUAUGGUAUUGCAGCUGAGAUAUAAAUGUGAUAAAGAGAUUGAAGAGAUACGCAAGAAGUAUGAUUUGUUACUUCAGGAUGCUGAGACUUCAUUAAUGCAAAAGCAGAGGGAUCUUGAGACAUUUCACUACAAAGUUAAUCUAAAUAAGGAAUUGGCAGAUGCUUUGAUAGUUAAGAGUCAUGGGGCAAUUGGGUCAGUAUGCAUAGAACAAGCAGCAUUAUCUAGUUUCACGAAUGAGUGGAUUCAGCUAUCAAGUCAGCAGCCACAUCAGAUGACUGCCCCAAGACAACAACAUUCAGCAAGCCCUGAAAUAAAUAUACCACCUGUAGCCCCACCAGCCGUGGUUGACCGAACAUCAGCAGUUCUCUCUACUUUUGGUACACCACAUUCUAGCUUCAUGAUCCAAUACCCACGGAACCUUCAAAAUGGGAUCGAGUUACGUGCCCCUGCCCCACACCUUCGAGCUUCCCCAUCUAUGCAAGCAGUCCAUGUCUCAACCACGCGCAGUGGGACGCCAAAUCAAUCACCCAGAAUUCCUCUUGCAACGUCAGUUAAGCUGGCUCGCAGCAUCAAGGCACCCCCGGAAGUGUAGCAGAACCAACCCAUCAGCUAGAAAUUGCGGGUAAGUUUGCCAGCGACUCCAUGGUUAUCGGGGUAAAAGAUCUCCCAACUUCAGGUCUCAAGUGGAUGAGAAAGACAGCCCUACAAUGAUUAUUACUGCUGUAUAAAUGUUUAGGACAAUAUUAAUUACUGCUGUAGACUAUCUUUUCCCACUAGUCCCUCAAGUUGAGUUAAUCUUGAUCCAGUUAUUGAGAACUCCUUUGGUGGACAGUCUGACAAAUCAAGUUACUACCUUUGUAGGAUUUUAGUUCGACUUUUUGGACGAACUGUCCGCAGCUGCUGCUCGCAAUGACGGUAACUGAUUUGCUCGCACAUUUCGCGUGCGGCAAGUGACAGUAGACAUCUGUGUAAUAUGUCAUUUUAGGAUGUCAAUGCACUGACAAUGGGUCAUUAUAAACAGUCACGUAGUAACUCUUUGGAGACUAAUCUGAGUGG